AUGUAUCAAAUACUGAAAAGUGUCUCACAUUUUUAGAACGAGUGCAUUCUAACCUAUUCGAAAGAGAAGCUCAUUAUUUACACCAAAGAAAUAUUGCUACAUAUGCAAACUUUUAGGAAUUAUAUAAGUGAUAUCGUGGCUGUGGCAACGUCAAGCAAAGGAGUAUUUGUCGUGUUCUGUGAGAGAGAAUUGAUAGCGUAUAAGCCCCUUUUGAAUGGCUGGGAAUAAGGGUACAGUAAAAAUUGCACAAAUCCCAUAAGAGAUGCAUUUUUCUCAUUUGAUGAUGAACAUAUCAUAGGAUGUUCAUAAAAUAAGCUUCACAUUUGGAAGGCAACUCAUAAGCAAAAUAGAUUACUUGGACAAUUAGAUUAAUAUGAAUUAAUUGAUCUGACAGAAAUCUACACAUUAGAAUUAGAAUACUAAAUAGCAAAUGUGAAAUUCUCUCCAGAUGUUCGUUAUUUUACAACCCUUCAUUUAAAUACAGUUAUUGUGUGGGAUUUCCAUUCAAUCAAGGAAGUCUAAGAAGGAGCUCUGUCACAACAAUAAAGAGUGAGUUUGGAUCAUUAAGACGAAGUAAUUUCUUACAAAUUUCGAGGUACACUUAGAAUAGCUCCAUCUCCAUUUCCCACUCCUAAUACCAUUGUUACACUCACCAAAUCCAACCAAUUAACAAUAUGGUAAGAAAUGAUUCAAUGCAAAAAUUUCUGUAAAUUACACACAUUGCAUUUCGAUCAAAUCUCAUCAUUUUGUUUCAUUUACCUCAAGGGAUUAACACCUUACCCUUGGAAAAAUACAUAUUUAGAAUCUGAUUAAUUUGGAGUAUAGGACACAGAGUAAUCUAGUGUGGAUUACCUUCUCUUACACUAGGAAUCUGAAUUAAGUGUUGUCAAAUUAGAUUUCCUAAGGAAUUAUUCAUUAGAAGAAUCUGUUAAAGUAAUUAAGAAGACUAAAAGUAACAUCUUCAAUCAAAUUAAAAAGAUUCUUCUAGUUGAUUAAAUAGAAGGACAAAAAAUUGAAAUGAUCGGAUUCGAUAGAUUGUGGAAUCUAAUCAAAAUAUGUGUGAAUUUGAAGGAUGAUUCCUAAUAGAUGUUUCAAUGUGAAAAAUUCAUAUUUUAGAAUAUCGUACAUUUCUCCACAUGUAAAAGUCAAGUGGCAAUAAUAAAUGAUUGGAAUUAUUUGUGUUUGCAAUAAUUAAAAUUGAAUAGUGUUAUUAGUUAGGAAUAUCAUAUUGUUGAGGGACAAUAAAAGAUAUGGAAAAUUAAUUCAGAUCUAUCCAAAUAUUAGCUAAUGUUUAUUGCUAAGGAUAAAAUUAAAGAAAAUGAUGUUAUUGUACUAACAUCAUCUAAUGCUUAACAAUGUUAGGCUUUUAUUAUCUAGUAAAAUCAACUAGUAGAAGUGCAUCUCAAAUUAUACAACCAUCUAUCAAAUGAGUAUCGAGAUAAAAUUACUGACUUGAGAAAAAUCAAUUAUGAAAUAGAUGACUUACAAUUAUUAGUAAUAGCAGCCUCGAAAAUUGCAUUAAUUUAAAUAUAGUUUGAGAUCUAUGGACAUGGACAGAUGGAUUUAUAAAUAUUAGAAUUGAAGACAUGGAAAUUAGAUUUCACUUAUGAAAGACUCUAAGUCUUACAAUCGAUAGAACUAUCUUUUAUUUCCAUUUCUGGGAAAACAUUGAAGGGAUACAAUGAAUAGAUGAAGCAAAUCGUUUAAAUUUCUAAAAACUACAAUAUCAAAGAUGUUGGAUAGUUAAAGGGAAUCCAGCCUAUUUAUUAUGUGAUGAGUCAUCAAAAUGAAAUUGAUUUUCAUUCUUCAUCAGGAGAAUUUUUGGUUAGAUUCAAUCUCCAAUCAUUUCUUGUGAGAGUAGACAAGGCUCUUUAUGAUGUUUCCAAAGUUAUAGUGUAGGUUGUACCAUUAAAUAACUUUGCAUUCAUUUUAUAAACCGAUAAUUACUUGACGGCAUUUGCGAUACAAUUUGAUAAGAGUGAUUAAAAUUAUAAAUUGACAUCGAUUAAAUAAAAGUACUUAAAUAAUAGAGAAGCAAUCUAUUGUAAACGAUUAUCGAAAUAUUCUAUGCCUUAAAAUUAUAGAUUUUUCACAAUAAAGGACUGUCUAAUAGUAAAAACUGGCCGAAAAGUGAAAGUAUUGGGAAAUUCAUUAAUCCGUUGUUUAGCAGACAAGUUUUGGAUGCCUAGUACAUUAAGCUACAAAUUAAUAAAUUAAUAAAACAACGUUUAAUUGUAAGAUUAUGAUUUCCUGAGUGAAUUAAUACAACUUGGUAAAAUACAAUUGGUAUAAUUCAUAUUGAAGCUAAUAUGUCUCAAAUUUAAACAUCAUGGUACUUUGGGAAAUCAUUUUAUGGUUCCAUAUAAGUAUUUAUUAGAAUUAUAUCAUUUGAAUUCUGAGCCAGAACCCUUAUGGGUUGAUGCAAUUAAGACAUAUGUAACAAAGAAACUGUAAGACAAGGAUUCAUAUGAUUAUACUUUACAUCCAGUUGAUGUACUUAAAAAGAUUUGUUAAGAAUAUCCAUUAAAGAUUACUAUAAUUCUAGAUUACUUAAGAUAUUAUGAAGAUAAUUCACGUUCAUUAGACUUUUAUGCUGCAAUGUUUAUGUUCCAUGUGUAAAUCUUCAGAAAUCAACCUACUCACAAAAGAAAUCGAGUGUUAAGUUCUAAAGAAGUUGUUUGGGCAUUACAUUCAUUGUAAAAAGAAACUCUUUGGUAAGAAUGCAUUGGCAAUUCAGAUGAUUUAUCUUGGAAUUUAGUUAAAAGAUAUGCAGCAGUAUUAUGGAUGGAUUUGUCAUUCAUUAAAUAAAGAUUGGAAGAAAUUGCAUUGUAGAUUUAUAAAUAAUCUAAAGACCCAUUUUAAUCGUUAUUAUACUUUAUAGUUUUGGGUAAAAAGAGUGUAAUAACAACGCUUUUCAAAAAGGAAGUUAAUUCUGGCAAAGAAUACAAAUCGACAUAUGAAUUUUUGCAAUAAGAUUUCACUUAACCCAGAUGGAAAUCAGCUGCUUCAAAGAAUGCAUAUGCCUUAGUAUCUAAAAAAAGAUACUAAGAUGCAGCUGCCUUUUUCUUAAUAGGAGGACAUUUGAAUGAUGCAGUGAAUGUCAUGGCUAGAUAUAUGGAGGAUAUUUAAUUAGCUUACUUAACAACAAAGAUCCAUGAACCUCAAGGUGGACCUGUUGGUGAAUAACUAAUCUAAGACUAUUUUAUCAAAAGUGGUGAGGAGAUGAAUGAUAUUUGGUUAUUGCAUAUAGGUUUUUAUCUAUUGGGAAGAUAUGUUGAUAGUGUUAAUGUUUUAUUAAGAGAACCUGAACAUCAUAUAUUAGAAUAUGAUAAUUCAGGAAAGGCUGUCUGCAUUAGUUGGCCAUCUACAUUCACACCUUAGUUAUCGUAUUAUCAUCCGUCAGCUAUUCUGUUGGUUGAAAAACUCAAGGAAAAUAUAAAUGUGAAAAGAGAAAUCCAAUAAAGCAUUGAUGCUAAUAAAAAGAAGAGCAAGAAGGCAGAGGAUGAUAUCUUUUCUCAAUUUUAUGAAAGUGAAGAAUCAGAAGAGGAAGAAGUUGUAGAAUAAGUUCCAAUUAAGAAGAUAAAUGAUAAUUAGGAAUUCAUUAAGUAAUAAGCAGUAGAAUAUUAUUACAACAUCUAAAUGCCAUAAUUAGGAAUGAUAUUUGCUUAAGAGUUAAAUUAACAAACAGAAUAAUCAGAGUAGUUAAUCGAAUUAUAGAUUGAAAUGUACAUAGUUUAAGCUAUUGAGGAUUAAGAGCAUUUCACAAAUUAUGUGUAACUAAUGUAGAAACUUGAUGAUUUAGCCAAUUUUACAAAUCAUAACAAAACUAAACUAUAUGAUAUUGCAUUGAAGAAAUUAAGAUAGUUAAAGUCUCCUUCUCGUUUUCUUACAUUUGCUAUCCAUUAUGAUUAGACUGGGCUAGAUGAGUUCAUUUCUUUUUGUCAAGAAACUUAGAGUUUAUUGUAUAGAAUAUGUUUCGAUUAUCCCUUAUCCGAAAAGAGUUAAGAGUAUUAUUUAACAUUUGUUCAGAGUCUCUAUGAAAUUGAUGUUGGAUUGAAACUAUUUUAAUAAUCCUAAUAUUAUCAAAAGAAAUUUGAUAACAAAUUGAAAUUGAACAUCAUUAAGUUAUUGGCAUUGUUCAUGACUUUGAUUUUGGCAUUAGAAUUACACCUAUGGGAGAACGCGUUUGAACAAUUAAGAAAGUUGGAGACAUUUUGUAAUACUGUAUACAAAUAACAUGUAUAAGAUUGUGGAUACGAGAAUUUGAGAGAUGAUUUCUGUGAGUUGGUGAAAUCAGCAAUCAAAAAUAAAAGACUCUAUGCAAAUAAAGGGUUUAAAGCAUAUCGAAAUUUAGAUGUGUUGUAAGAUGCUUAUCCUGAAGAUUUAUAUAAUGUUAGUGAAUAGGAUUAUUUGCAAAAGCAUAAACCAGCUGCACCAGAAUAGGAGUAAUAGAAAUCAGAUAGUCUUGAAGAUUUAUAAUAAUCGGAUCUUAGUUAAGAAAAGACAACAGAGGAGGAGAAUAUAUAGAACUCAUUUAUAUAUUUUACUUUGCAAUCUUUGAUUGUGAAAUACUUCUUGUCUAUAUCUAAGAGUUACUUUAAAUUAGAAAUAUUCAAUAUUGCAAUAACUAGUUAUAGUAAUAUCUUUACAAUGGCUGAAUAAUACGUGACCACUAGAAAUGAUAUGGUUAUCACUUUAUUAAAGAAUCUCUCUGAUUUCUCCUAAGAAUAGAAUUUUAUUGAAGAUCUAAGAAUGGUUUUGAAGGAGACUUCAUUUGCUAAAAGUCAAUACUUUAAGUAGCUUGAAAGGAUUUUCAAUUUGAAUCAUUUCUUUUAAAUUUGCUAAAAGGUUGGAUUAGAUCAAUAUUUGGAGGAAAUCUCAAUAAAUAGAACUAAAUAAGCAUUCAAAUAUCCAAUAAGUAAUUUUGACGAGUAAUCAAUAAUCACAUUCAAAAAUAAAAUCUUUAAGUAAGGAGUUGAAGUAUUUAAAAUAAAGUCCGAUUAAAUUAAGAGCAUAUGUAUUAAUAAUACCAAUCCAAUUGAAGGGUUUGUAUUAUAUGGCAAAUUCUUAAAGCAUAUGAAAUUUUAUAACACUCUCUAACACAAAAAUAGAUCAUUGGAUGGUUAUAAUUUGGUAGAAGAAGAAACUAUCGAUGAGGCUAUAAGAACAGAAGCAUCUUAAACAAAUAAACCAUACAUUGUAAAACUAUGCUCCUCAGCUUUAGGAAUCUAGGUUGGAUUGGAUAAGGAGAAAAAAUCAUAUUUAAAAUCAAGAGCACAUCCUUAUGAAGAAUACAAAGACUUCACUGAAAAGGAUUUUAUGGAAAAAUUCUAGAACUGUUCUAGUAAAUUGAUUCCAGAGGAGGAUUUGUAAUGUUUGGCUUCUCAUCCUCAUCUACCCUUAUUUUUACAAGGGGGAAAAGGAAUGAUCAAUGUAAUGACUUUUAAAUCAUCCACAUAAGUAGUUGCUGAAUUCAAUUCUCAAUAAAGAGAUUCUAUUGAUUUUCUUAAAUUUAAUAACUCAGGUGAAUUAUUUAUUGGACAUGAUAUAAAUAAUAGUGCUUAUAUUUGGAAACUUAAUCGAGUCAACAAACUCAAUACACCACUCUUCUAACUUAAUAGUAAAGUUAGACCAACCACUGAUCUGACCUUUAUUAACGAGGGAACAGUUUUUGCUUCUAUUUAUAGUUCUACUAAUAAGCCUCAUUUUGGUUUGUAUGAUAUGUUAUUACCUUCUAAUCGUAAUAUUGUAGCAUAAGAGAACUUUAAUGGUACAGACAUCUUAUUUUCUACUCCCUUGAAUUCUAUUUUGAUUGGCAAUCAAAAAAAAGGGACUGUCAAUUUCUUAGAUAUCAGAAAGAAUUAAAUCUACAAAACAUUAGAAUUACCUUUCACAGAAAUCAAAUUUAUGAAACUGAAUCAGUAUCAAACUUCACUAAUUUGUGCCUGCAAUGAUGGAUAAAUUAAAAUCAUCAAUUUAGAAACUCUGUCUACUAUUGUUGAUUAUAAACCAUUUAGAUAAGAUAAAAAGCAGUAAAUUAUGGCUUUGACAUAAACUGAGAAUGCUACAUAUGCAGCAUCAUCUGAUGGAGUUAUAUCAUUAGUAUAUUUGAAUGCAUGA